AUGCUUGACUGCAAGCCUGCUAUCACUCCCGUUGAUUGUAAACUGAACCUCAGCAUAGAUGGAGAAGCCAUGCAUGAUGUAACCUACUAUCAACGAUUAGUAGGCAAGCUCAUAAACCUCACCAUCACUCGUCCAGAAAUCACUUAUGCAGUGAGCUUGGCUAGUCAAUUUAUGGACUCUCCCACUGUUGAUCACCUUAACAUUAUUAUGAGAAUCCUUCGUUAUCUCAAGGGUUCAAUAGGGGAAGGAAUUACUAUGCACAACAAUCAAUCCACUGUCAUUAGUGGCUACACAUAUGCAGACUGGGCAGGUAAUGCAAUUGAUAAGAAAUCAACCACAGGCUAUUGUACAUUUAUUGGUGGAAACCUUGUCACUUGGAAGAGCAAGAAGCAACAGGUAAUUGCUCAUUCCAGUGCAAAGGCUGAGUAUCGAGCCAUGGUAACCACUGCUUGUGAACUCAUUUGGCUUAAAGGGCUUCUUUCAGACUUAGGGUUUUCUAGUUCUACUCCUAUGUCACUUAUGUGUGAUAAUCAAGCAGCCAUGCAUAUUGCUGCCAACCCUAUGUUCCAUUAA